AAGUAUUUUGUAAAAUCACACUAGCCAGUUUGACUGACCUCUUCCGCACUCCUUCCUCGUCUAUUAGUUUGUUUUAGUUCUGGUCUUAAAAGUUAUUCGAGAUUGAUCCUUGAAAAUUGAACGACACAGUUCACUGGACCCACUCAUCGAGGAAGUAGUCACAGUUUUCAGCAGACAGUUUUACCUGGAGACAAAUUCUAAAAGCUGGUGUGAAUGGCUACAGCUGCAGAGGAGCCCCCUGGUCUGCCAGGCAACCCUGGAACUUCUACCGGCGCUCAGAGAAAAGUUCUUCCAGAGGGUUCAAAUCCUGGUCCGAGCACCUCUAAAGCCAUGAAGCAAACCAUUGGUCAUCGUGGCAUUGAUCCCACUGGUGAGACGACGUAUAAGAAGACCACCUCUUCGGCCUUGAAAGGAGCUAUCCAGCUCGGCAUCACUCACACAGUAGGAAGCUUGAGUCAAAAACCCGACAGAGACGUGCUGCUGCAGGACUUUGAGGUGGUGGAGAGUAUCUUCUUCCCAAAUGAAGGCAGCAACUUGACACCAGCGCAUCAUUAUGGAGACUUCCGGUUCAAGACAUACGCCCCCAUGGCCUUUCGCUACUUCAGGGAGAUGUUCGGCAUUCGACCUGAUGACUACAUGUGUUCAUUGUGCAGCGAGUCCUUGAUCGAGCUGUCCAACCCUGGAGCCAGUGGUUCUCUCUUCUAUGUGUCCAGUGACGACGAGUUCAUAAUCAAAACUGUACAGCACAAGGAAGCUGAGUUUCUGCAGACACUAUUGCCCGGAUACUUCAUGAACCUGAACCAGAACAAGCGAACCUUAUUGCCAAAGUUUUAUGGGCUGUAUUGUGUCCAAGCUGGAGGGAAGAACAUCCGAAUUGCUGUCAUGAACAAUCUCCUGCCCAAUGCUGUCCGCAUGCACCUGAAGUUCGAUCUGAAAGGUUCCACCUACAAGCGACGAGCCUCGGCCAAGGAGAGAAGUAAAGCUCUGCCCACGUUCAAGGAUUUGGACUUCAUGCAGAACAUACCCGAUGGUCUCAUACUGGACGCAGACAAAUACAAUGCGGUCUGCAAAACAAUCCAAAGAGACUGUCUGGUCCUGCAGAGUUUCAAGAUCAUGGAUUACAGUCUCCUGGUGGGAAUCCACAAUCUUGACCAGGCUUGCCGAGAGCAGGUAGGAGAGGAGGCGGUGGCCGGAGCUGCUGCUAUGGCAAGGCCACAAGGUCAAAAGUCUCUGUACAGCACCGCUCUGGAGGCCAUUCAGGCAGAGUCGGACACGGUGGGAUCUCCAGACACAGAGGACAAAACAGGAGGAAUCCCUGCGAAAAACUCGAAAGGCGAGAGGCUGCUGGUGUACAUGGGCAUCAUUGACAUCCUCCAGUCCUACAGAUUAGUGAAAAAGCUGGAACACUCGUGGAAGUCUUUGUUCCAUGACGGGGACACUGUGUCUGUGCACCGGCCCAGUUUCUACGCUGACCGCUUUCAGAGGUUCAUGUGCUACACUGUCUUCAAGAGGGUGGCUUUCAAAACCUCCCCCUCUAAGAAACGACGUGCUGUCGGCCACGUUCCUCUGAAGAAAAUUGGUGUUGCUGGCCCGUCUACAUUGGCAGCCUCCAGUGGUCUGGUACUGCAGCACCAAGUCAGCACUGGUAGCAGAGACGAGAAAGAGGAUGACAACGAGCAGCAGGCCAACCGCCUCACAAUAACAAACUCUGCUGACAAGACACAGAGCAACACCAGCAGUAUGGAAGAUGAUGUCCCCAUGAGAGCUUUUGCUGGAGCAGCUGAAAACAUUGUUGGCGCUGAAGGCUUCGUCCCUGUCAGUUAGUUGCUCCUGCCAAGUUGAACCGGUAUCUCAGUCAUUGCAGCAACCAGAGUUUGGUAGGAUUCCUCUGUGCGUAUACCAGCACAAAAAAAAAACUUUCAGCAAAUGGAACAUGUAUGAAUUUAUCGGUACUUUUUUAUUGCACUUUUUCUUUUGGUUCUGGAAAUGGUGUCGGCUGGUGCUGGGGUCCAAACACACUAAGAUUCAGGAACUUAUCUGUAGAUGUGUGGCAUUAUCAGUCUUUUAUUAAAUGAGGGCUGCAUAAUUCAUGUGGCCAUGCUCAACGUCGUCUGUGUUGGGUCUGAUGUAUGAUAUGUAUAUUGCCAACCUUCACCUUGGACACUCUCACUAAAGGAUCUGGAGGUGCUACUGAAGACACCAGUUCACCUCCCCAUCCUCAAUAAAAGCAUGCAAAUCCUCAUCCUAGCUGUGUCACUCAUGUCAUAACUACUUUUCCCGAUGAGCAGCCUGAGAUAAGUUGAGUGGGCAACUCAUCUCAGGCUGCUCUUUUUUGUUUUAGGAAUAUUGAUAAAUUGUUUUACAACUCGAUUAAACAAUAGAGGGAGAGCUGACAUUCAAAUAUAAGGGAUGAGAAACACGAGAAAGUCCUCCAUGAAUACAAUCAGCUCACUUAUAUAAGAGAUGAGUGGGUCAUUUGCAGGUUCCAGGUCUUAAGAUGUGUGAAGUUGUUUUAAUUUAAGUUUAUGGAUGUUGUUUUCAUAGUUAUAGCUCAGAACAAAAUUCCCUACAUUGCCUCAUUUAGGGUUCCGCUCCCUCGCUCCUGAGAAAUGGUGCAAUAAUACGCGUGGCUGUCAUUUUUCUUAAGUGCAAUUAUGUUUCUUUUUGGCACUUUUUUUUAAUUCAUCGUCCAGUUCCAAUACACUUGUGAUGAUUUAGAAAUACUGGAAUGUUGUCAGAUAUGUUGACGGGUUGAUGAUCAGCAAUGUUAUCAAGGUUUUGAAAAAUUCUGCCUUAUCAUUCCACUACUUGAGGGUGUUAAUAGUUUGUUUUCAGUGUCUUUGCCACUACUUUCCCUACCGGAAAUGUUUCCACUGUGAGAGUCUGUAACAUGUUUUUACUUUUUUACAUUUACACUUUUCAGAUUGUUUUAUUUUGGUCAUACUUACUCAUCAUUUUGUGUCUGUUACAUUUUUGCAGAGAGGUCAGAAAGACCUCCUGUAUUGAUCUUUUGAUAAUGCCAUCUUUCUUUUUAUGUGUUGUUUACUGAAAGUACAAAAGUGCCUUGCUUAAAUCAGUUCUAGUAAUCAAGCAGCAUUGAUCCAAAUCUGUAAAUAAUCAUAUUUAUACUUUUAUUUAUUGCUCUGUCUUAUGAACAUGAUGGUGGGUUCACUGGGGUGGAGCUGGUCUGUCAUUUAUCGCUACAGGUGAUAUGAGUUUUCUCUCCUGAUGAUGCAUGAAAUGUUUUACUUCUCAUGGGAUGGGACCUUUAAACUGUAUUGCUUUUCAUGAUUAUGUGCAUGGUAAUAAAAUACACCU